GGCACGAGUUCCAUUAACAAGCUAAGGGACUUUAUUUAUUCUCUUAGUUUAAGCCUUUCCCUUUGCUUCAUCAUUGUCCUUCCUUCUAACGUAACAUGACACAACACUCCACUCAUCAGAAAGAUCAAAUAAAAUCAACAUGCACAGCUUCAGUACGGGUACACCAACACAUGCAUGCAGUCCCACAGCCACAAACAAAUAAAUGAGUUGUAAUAAUUGCACUAUCUAAAUAUUAAUUUUCAAUCUGUCCUUUUGAAAACCGACCGGCAUCUAAUACAUACAGUAUAUAUAGUACUUUUCUUUUCUUUUCUCACUCGCAAAACCUACUUCCUAACCUAUCUUUCCAUUGGCUCCCAUAUCCCACCUAACCACUAAGAAGAAGCUAAGGGACAGACAGACAGACAGACAACAUUUCCUUUUCGAUGGAACUCUUCCAACUUCCCACCAGCACCACAAGUAGUUCUAGUUCAUCUUCCUCCUCCUUCUUCUUCAUCCUCCUCCUCCUCCUCCUCCUCCUCUUGGUUCUCUUCUCCCUUUGGCUCCGCCGGUGGUCGCGGUGGUGGUGCAACUGCGAGAUCUGCCAAGCCUACGUGACGCAGAGCUGGAGAGACAAGUUCGUCAACCUCUCCGACUGGUACUCGGACCUCCUGUCCCGCUCCCCGACGCAGACCAUCCACGUCCACGUCCUCGGCAACGUCAUCACCGCCAACCCGGGCAACGUCCGGCACAUCCUCAAGUCCAACUUCCACAACUACCCAAAGGGGAAGCCCUUCUCCUCCAUCCUAUCCGACUUCCUCGGCCACGGCAUCUUCAACGUCGAUGGCCCUUCCUGGCUCUUCCAGCGCAAGCUCGCCGCCUCCUCCCUCCUCCUCCCUUCCUCCUCUUCCUUCCUCACUACCAUCGUCCUCCACGAGCUCCACCACCGCCUCCUACCCCUCCUCCUUUCUUCCUCCUCCUCGGCCGCCGUCGUCGACUUGCAAGACCUCUUCCGCCGCUUCUCCUUCGACACCAUGUGCCGCUUCUCCUUCGGCCUCGACCCCCGCUGCCUCCUCGACGUCUCCGAGUUCGCCCAGGCCUUCGACCUCGCUUCCAGGCUCUCCGCGGAGCGUGCCAUGGUAGUCUCCCCUCUCGUGUGGAAGCUGCAGAGGUUCUUCAACAUCGGCAAAGAGAGGAGGAUGAAGCAGGCCAUCCGCUUGGUGGACGCGGUGGCGCACCAGGUAAUCACCAAGAAACGGAACCUACUACUUCUUCUGCUUCUUCGUCCACCUCAUGAUCAGAAUCACCACCACCAGGAGGAGGAGGAUCUGCUGUCCCGGUUCAUGCGGGUGGUCGAAAACGACGACGUAUUCCUCCGCGACAUCAUCAUCAGCUUCCUCCUCGCGGGGAGGGACACCGUGGCGGCCGCACUCACCAGCUUCUUCUGGUUGCUCGCCAAACACCGGCACGUGGAGUCCGAGAUCCUCGCGGAGGCCACCCGCGUCCUGGGCCCCGACGACGCGGUUGUAAUUACGAGCUACGAGCAGGUGGAGAAGCUGCAGUACCUCCACGCGGCGGUGUACGAGAGCAUGAGGCUGUACCCGCCCAUCCAGUUCGACUCAAAGUUCGCCCAACGCGACGACGUUUUGCCCGACGGGACGGCCGUGAGGAAGGGGGAUAGGGUUACCUACCACCCGUACGCGAUGGGGAGGAUGGAAGGGAUAUGGGGCCGGGACUGCCUGGAGUUCAAACCCGAGAGGUGGUUGAGGAGGAGGAGGAGGAGCGGGUCCUUCUGCCCGCCCGGGAACCCGUUCGAAUACCCGGUUUUCCAGGCCGGGUUGAGGGUCUGUCUGGGGAAGGAGAUGGCCUUGGUGGAGAUGAAGACCGUGGCGGUAUCCUUGCUUCGGAGGUUCCACUUCAACCUAACGACGUCCGAGUCCGAUCACCACCACCCGAGAUUCUCGCCUGGCCUCACCGCCACUUUCAGCGGCGGCUUGCCGGUCCUCGUACGACAAAGAAAUUAAAGGUAUUCGAUCUGUGGUUUGUUACUCGAUCCACUCGCAUGAAUAUAUCAUGAUGAUGCAGAUUUCGUUUCAAAUUAACCCGGCCGGCCCGCCCACCAUUGGAUUCACUAUUAUAUAUAUAUGUGGUUUGAGGUUUAGGCGAACAUCAACUGGAAUGGAAUGGAAGAGACUUGAUGGAAGGAAAACAGAUCGAAGAAGAAAGAAAGAAAGAGACAGUAUGUGGGUCGUAUAUGCAGGAUUUGAAUAUAUAUGGCCACGUGCCAACUCAGCUUGAUUGAUUGAAUUAAUUGUCGCAAUAUAAAAUCUCUUCUCUUCUCUUCUCUUUGGUGUGUCGGCAGCGCCAUGUAUAUGUUCGGUAUGUAAUUAAUUGUGUAUGAAUGUAGUGCAAAUAAUUCAACUUUGAUUUCAUGUGUCUUGUCUACGUACGUACGUACACAAAUGCAUGUUGUUUACAACAUAUCGUCAUUCUCAAAUGGAGGUCUCAAAAUUAAACUAGCUAACAGCAGUGUUGUGCUCAAAACCUUUGUAUUCGAUCUCCUGAAUGAGCCUAGCUAGCUAGAGUUUGAAUUCUCCUACACUACAAAGACGCCCUAAUGACCUCCCCCUACAAAUCAUAUAUAGUACGUAUUUGGAUGGAAACAAUAUUCUUCAUCCGAUCCGAUGCACUUCUCAUUUCGAGAUAUAAUGGUUAGUAUUAAAGAUGAUUAUCAUCAUUCAAAUACAUCAUCUAUUAAUCUCUAGGGGAGUCUCAUUAAAAAAAUGAGCCAUGUAUAAUAUAAUAUUAUUUACCGUUUCCCAAUAGACAAUUAGACUAGUUAGUUAAAAACUUAAAAUACAUUAUCAAGUUGUUCGCAUAAUUUGGAUCACAUUUGAUCUAGCUAGCCUGUUUUCUUGGCAGGUUUCGGUCCACUCCCUAGCUCGAUCGAGGUCUGCAGCCUUUCUAUGUUAGGUUUCGGUCCACUACCCGCUGCUGCGACGGUGGCGCUGUCAGCAUCUGGUUCAUUGAAUCUGAAUCUACUGUCAGAACUCAGCGUUAGCUCUUUGGAAAUAAGCUCGAAAACUCGCGAGUUUUUGUUGUUUGCAGCGUAUGUAUGAAACUUUUAUAUUAUCCACUUAUCGCUGCACGAAAAUAUAUAGGGAAAAUUUUGAGCUCCAGUCCAGUCCAUUUGGAUUUGGUGAUCAGAUAUUGUCGGUGCUGGUGCAUGGUCAAUUGGUGAGCUCUGGUAGUGGUAUGUACGUCCGUUGGCACUCUUUUGUUUAAUGUUUAGGCUUCGUGCAAGCCAAGCAUUGUGCCUUACUUACUUUUCUUUACUACUUCACUAGCAUUGGGCCUUAAAUGGGCCUGGCUGGGACAUACUGAAAUACCUAUUUGAGGCCAUGGGCUGCUGAUCCAAAAGUAGAAAGAAAAUGAGGAGAAAGCCCAACCUCAAUAACGAACUGAAGAAGCAUUCUUAGUCGUUACCACUUUCAAGAGAUUUUUUCCCUUUAUUGGAUUCAUCGGUGGGUUUAUUCUUUAUGGUCGUGUUCAAUAUAGGUGUUCAGUUACU